UCAUUCGAACACUGCCUCCUUUUCCCAGCUUCCACAGAGACAGACUUAGAUCCACAAUGCCCACAAAAACGUGCCGUAUCAUGCCAUUCUAGCACAACGGCGAGCUCCCCCAUGGCCUUAGCAUCGGUCCAAUCAGUGGCGACCAUGAGAGUCCUCAGCUCCACGAAGCAAAACCUCCGAGCUCCUAACUCACCAACCAACCCGCCGGCAUCCGAAACAUCCACACCCCAAUACCUUUUGCACUCCCACAGGCUCAGCCAGCCGAGACGCCACGUGGGCCCGUCCUCCUCGAGGCCGGCCAGCGGCCUGCCCUUUCUGAAGGGCAAAACCCUGAAAUCGGGGGAAACGGGUCCGUUGCUCGGGCUAGAUAGCAGGGACCGGAGGGUUUGGAGGGCGGAUUGUGGGGAGAGGGCGUCGGUCGGCCUCGGUGUCCUUGAUCUCGACGGAUUGCCGGCGAAGGCGUGGAAAUUGAGACUCAUUUUUCUGGUGCCGAAGGAGAGUGAUUUGCAGAGGAAAUUGGUGAUGGUGGAUGAAGAAAAGGAGGGCAUGCUAACAGUGCUGUGGUUACUUGCAUUGGCUUUUAUCCGCCAUGAACGGUCGUCCGCGGAGCUAUGGCGG